UUCCAGACAGGGGCGGAGUUUCGGAACUUUCUGUUCGGAGAAUUCUGGGAAAGGCAGAUAUGAACCCGUCUAAGAGAGUCAACCUAUGCGAAAUAACACUCUGAUUUCGGAUAAUCUUUUAAUAUACUUUUAUCAGUAAAACAGAGGCAUUAUUUCUGAAAAUGAUGCGCUUCCUGUUGCUCUUCAGCCGGCAGGGAAAGCUGCGACUUCAGAAGUGGUUUACGCCGCUUGUGGAACGGGAGAGAAAAAAAGUGGUCCGUGACAUGACCCUGAUGGUGCUGGGCCGCCCACCUCGCUCCUGCAACUUCCUGCACUGGAAGGACCUGAAAGUUGUCUACAAGAGGUAUGCCAGCCUAUAUUUCUGCUGUGGCCUUGAUGACAAGGAUAAUGAGCUUUUGGCUCUAGAAGUUCUGCACCGAUAUGUGGAGUUGCUGGACAAGUACUUUGGCAAUGUCUGUGAGCUGGAUAUUAUCUUCAACUUUGAGAAAGCGUAUUUCAUCCUGGAUGAGUUCCUGAUGGGUGGGGAGGUGCAGGAGACCUCUAAGGUGACUGUGGCCAAGUCCAUUGAGGCAUCAGACAUGCUGCAGGAGACUAUGGAAGAGUACAUGAGCAAGCCUGCAUUCUGAUGAAUUGCCUGCAAGCAGCAAAAUGAACUGGAGAAUCAUGCUGGUCAACCAGGCUGUCAUAUAUUGUGUAAUUGUUGUGCCAUAGCGUCUGAUGUGGGGAAACUCUGCUUAAUUUGGACUGCAGAUGCAAAGUGGAAGUUCGUGUUUAUUCACCUCAGUUCAGCCCAAUGUGUGUGAUGAAUUCUUCUCCCUGAGUAUGAGUGAUGAACUACAGUAUGAGGCCAAGUGCUGGUUCUCUGAAGCAGGACAGUAGUUUUAAUGAAGUCUCUGUUUUAUAUAUAGGCAUACGAUGCUCUGGAAAUAGUAGGAAAUAUGCAAAUUAUUUUAGGAACAUCUGAAAUCAGUAUACAAUUCUUUUCUGGAGUCCUUUUGAAUGAUGUUGUUUUGCAAGUGCAAAUGUAGUUGCAGUAUGGUUUGGGGUUUUUAAGUAAUUGUUUUUAAUAAUAAAUAAGCUCAAUAUCAA